UGCUAGCUGACGUUGCUCGUAUUCAAAAGUUAUCUGGGAAGACGUUCGAGCUUCUCUGUGCUAGCAGAGCCGAAAAGCUGUUUCAUUACGUUGCGUCCACGUUUACGUGUGACUGAAUAUUUGUGCGCGUUUAAUGAUCGCCUGGCUUGCUCAGUCGAACGACGGGUGAUCGCAUCCCGUGUUUGGGAGGGUGUCAAUUGCUCAUCGCAUCCGGGUACGAUCAAGCAGCUUCGCGCGAAAGAUCUUCGUAAAACGUUAUUGCUGAGGCGCCUGACGACAACUCCUCGUCGUCGACGAUCUGAGUAAAAAUAAAAUGAAAAAAAAAAAAAAAAAGGAAAACAGGGGAAGCUAUCACGCUCCAGGGCAGGUCGGAGUGUGUGUGUGUCCGAUGAAUGGAUCCACGCCUUUCUGUGUCAGUAAUCACUGUAGCGUAGGACUCUUUCCUCGUAGGUUUUCGCUUCUAGGUGCGUUCGGGAAGCCAGGUGGGUGCUAUAUAUAAAGAAGAAUAACUGGGUUUCGAGUCUGUCUGCCUGUUCUCUCCGCUCGUUUUUUUCCACCCUCCUCUCCGCGCAUUCUCGCCCACUCGUAACGGACGAGAGGAGAAUUUUGAGAGGAGGCUCCCAGAAGGAGCCGCUUGCGCGAGGAGGAAAGAAAACCUAACGGGAAAGCCACCGGGCAAGUUCAAAGAUCCGCGCUGUUCUAGUUUCGGCGGAGCUACUACGGCUGGUCUCUCCUCUCGCGCGUGUAUAUCCCCACGGGAGAGCCCCGCGAAAAAAAGCCCGCCCGCCCGCCGCUUUGGACUAGCCGGAGAAGAAGUCGAACGAAUACGGCGCCGUCGUUUCUGCUGCAUUCGGCCGGGAUACAUCUCUAUGCAAAGUGAAGUGCUUUUGUGUUCGGUGGCUAGAGCUUGAAGAGCGCUGCUCGCUCUCGCUCCACUCUUUGGAUUAGUUUUUUGGAGGAGCUUUGCGGAGCAAGAGUCAACAGCAGCGGAGGCAGGCAGCGCGUUCGCAUGGCGGCCACUCGGAUCCUGGCGCCCCCUAACCAAGAUGGCGGCCUCGGCGGCGGCGGGACGCUGCCCGAGGAGCUCCAGAAGGUGGCCGCCGAGGAACUCGGCGAGGACGCGCGCAAGAGGGACCUGUGCCUCGUCAAGCUGCGCAAUCUAUUACAGGGCGAGACGAGCCUGCAUUCCCGCAUGGAUGACGAGUUCCUGCUGCGCUUCCUCCGCACCAAGAAGUUCAAGGUGGAGGUGGCCUACCGCACCAUACGCAACUACUACCGGCACCGGCGCGAGUCACCCGAGAUCUUCCAGGGACUGCGGCCUUCCAAGCUGCGACACGUUUACCAGGCGAACGGCCAGAUGCGCCUGCCCCACAAGGACCCCGAAGGGAGGCCCAUAUUCGUCCUCAGGAUAGGCUGCUGGAAGCCGUGCGAUUACGACUACUACCAGCUGCGCAAGGCCAACAUGCUGUGCCUGGAGGACAUCUGCCUUGACCCCGCGGUGCAGGUCAAAGGGCUCGUCUGCAUCCUGGACUGCCGCGGCUGGGGGCUGCAGCACCUGCUCGCCUUCCCCAUCUCGCAGGUCCGCAAGACCAUCGACCUGUUGCAGGACUGCCUGCCGGCACGGUUCAAGGCCGUGCACGUGGUGUACCAGCCGUCGGUGUUCAACGUGUUCUUCUCGUUGGCCAAGCCUUUCCUCACCACGAAGAACAUCAACAGGAUACACAUCCACGGUUCAGACAUGGCCUCGUUGCACCAGUACCUCCCGCCCGGCAUCCUGCCCGAGGAGUACGGUGGGAUGCACGGCCCCUUCGACAACACCAAGUACUGCCAGGGCCUGUACGACCGGGAGGACAGCUUCGUCCAGGACCUGAAGUACGGGUACUGCACCUGAGUGACGAGAGCGGAAGAGAGAUGCACUACGCACAGUCGGCUCGGGGCCACGCUCGACCAAGAGACGCCGAGGCUUCGACGCGACACGAUCGCCGAAAACUUAUGCGCCUCCGAAGGAAUUAACGCUACAGCAGCGAGCGUGGUGACGAAUGUUCCACGACUUCUCUCUGUUCUUGUUUUCCUCUAAUUUUUUUUUAAUUCCCUGCUGGUUUUUGUGUAUUCCAGAGCUCACAUUCACUCGUCGGAGUUUAAAAAAAAGUUAAAUUUGCGUUGUCGAGGGACAUGAGGCACUCGUUGGGGUAUAGGGGGCGCUGACUGCCGUUGGCUCGGCUAAGCGUGUAUAUAGUUUAAAUACUGGCGCCUCUUCGACAACUCUAGCGUUGCGCGUUGAUUCGGACAAGCGCCUCCAGGCCCCUAUAUACGCUCGUCAGAUCAGCUUUACAGACUGGCAUGUAUACACCGGAAGCACAGCGCCCGCUCCUCGAUUAAGAACACACCGAUGCUUAUUUUAACGCUCCUCGGUGAUUUCAUGGACAAGGAGUUGCUCGAAUAACACACCUUUACUCCAAUUUGCAUUCGCGCAGGGAAACGAAAUCAUCUAGUUAGAAGGCCUUAGCUCAGGAAUAGAAGUGAAGUGACGUAUCACGCAAGCUCAGUGACUACUUUUGUCGAAGGGCGGCGCUGCCGUCCACUUUAUUGAGUCGAAAUGGGGUGUCGAGUGGAGGAGUUAACAUUCUAGAAUAUGGGAGUAAGAGCAUCGCAGAAAAAAACAUUUUUUUUUGCAUCCUUACGGGUGCUGGCUAACACCCUCACUCUUAACAGUUUUCUCUGCACGACGGCGAGCUGUAAUUACACUUGCGGUGAGACAAGACGUAUAGUUGAAAACUGCGUAUUAAUUCUGACCACCUUGAGUUGCGCAUUGAAAUAUCUGAUACGUGACUUUGUCAGCGACACCUAUGAAAGUUUCUCUUCGCGCAGUUUUCGUGUCCGCUGUCGCAGCUAUCGUCAUCAUGUUUACUUAGCACAAAAAGUUGCCGAAACAGAAAACGUCCUUUGUUCCCAUCAACACUUACGUUUUACCCCUUAAGGUUUGCAGUUUCAGCCAUGGGACAAAACCAGCACCCUUCAGGGUGAAAAUGUUUUGUACUGUGUACCUUCCUUCUUCAAUGCUAUUUGGCUGCCCAUUGUACAAUUGAGAGUUCGGGACCUGUAGACUUAUGCUGUGUUUGCUUGGCAUGCUAACGAAGCUACUGAAAGGGUCAUGAUUCGACCAUUAUGAUUUGAUACAAGGGGGGGGGGGGGGGCGCUAGAGAAGUUGAACUCCGUGCGUGGCGUUGUUUAAAAAUUUAAAAGAGUGCGCGUUUGACAGCGUAUUGAAGGUCACAGUGUCUGGCGCAUGUGUUUCGCGAACUUUUACCUUUUUCUCAUAAUAAUGAUAAUCCUAAGCUGUGGCAUGUACCCACAAUAUAAUAUAGUUUAUAUAGUUGUUCUAAAGAACGAAAAAAGAAAUAUGCAAAAGUAAAAACGCCGGAAAACAAGAAUAGUAGCGCAACUGAACAAUUCACAAUAACUGAAACAAAAUAAUGAAAGAUA